AUGACUAAUGUGGAUGGAAACACAGCUUUACACGAGGCAGUUAAGAACAACUUCUAUGAGGUUGCUAAGUUGUUGGUUCAACAAGAUCCUGAGUUCAGAUAUCGGCCCAAUCAUGCUAUGGAGACUCCUCUAUAUCUCGCAGUUGAGAAGGGAUAUCGGGAUUUUGCGGUUCUGAUUUUGACGACUUCCAAGUCACCAGCUUAUCUUGGCCCCGGUCACAAAACCGCCCUUCAUGCAGCAGCAAUAUGGAAUUUGCCAGUAUCUUUAACUAAAUAUCUGCUGAUUGCAGAACUCGUGGAUAAAUUUGGAUGGACUGCACUUCACUAUGCUGCUAAACUCAAUCAUCCGGCUAAACUCAAUCAUGAAGAUGUGGUAAAGCUAUUAUUAUCUGCUAAGAGGUCUACGGCUUAUGUUGCUGCCCGCAAUGACGACUCCAGGACUGCUCUACAUAUAGCGGUCAUUCAUGGACAUGUUGCUGUGGUGCAAGAGCUGUUAUCCAUUGCCCAGAUUGUUGGGAGAAAUAUACUCACAGACAUUUUAAUCAAGGAUGAGUUGGAGCAAGCGGGUGGCACUCGAGGGUAUCGAAAUGUUGCUACCGUAAAGAAGAACUUACGAGUAUCUAAUCCUGAUGAAGUAAAAAGAGUGGAAAAAUUGGCAGCGAAUUAUUCGAUUGUGGCUACACUGAUCGCAACUGUCACUUUUGCAGCUGGUUUUACAGUUCCAGGUGGGAACUACAGUGACGGUCCGCACAAAGGCAUGGCAGUUCUAAGCAAGAAAGCAGCUUUUAUUACAUUUGUUAUUUCAGAUUCCUUGGCAAUGUUCGCCUCCAUAGGUGCAGUGCUUGGACUUACCAGGAUUAAGCGGGUAAUGCUGUUUGUCCUCCCUCCUCCUCAUAAUUAUUAUCCUGAUGUUCUUCUUGCAGAGCGCUUGGCGUUCUUUCGUUUUCCGCGCUUAAGACUUGCUGAGUUUUUAGGUUAUGCUCUGCAGGAGUGA